AUGAUGAAUAUAAAUAUAUUAAUUGAUUUUAUUGAUAGAUGCUUUACAAGGUUUAUAUAUAUAUAAAUUUGUAUAUAAUAAAACUAAAAUAAAAUAAAUCCUUAAAUAAACUUUUUAGAAAUGAGUGAAAUUGAAAAGCAAGAAAUAUAGCCAAUAAUUUAAGAAAACGCUGAACAAUAGCAAGUCGAUUAGGCUCCAAUUAAUUAGGAUAACUAAUAAUCAGAUAAUGUAAUUAAAGGGAAUGAAUAUGUCCUCUUAAUUGAUAAUAGAGAUAAUCGCAAAAUCGUAAAUUUAAAGGAGAAUAAAAAGACCAAAUGGAGAAAGAAAAUGAUUAGCAUGAAAGAUAUUGUUGGAAAAGAAUACAAUGUUGUCUAUGAAUACUCAAAUGAUUAAAUUGUUUAUGACCCUUAUAAUUUCAAUUAAUUCUAUAACUAUGAAGAAAACUAUGAAGAAGAAUAAUCAGAACAAAGAGAUAAUAGAAAUAUUUUCAAUGAUAACUCUGUCUAAAAGCUAUCAAAUGAAGAAAUAGAGCUAAUGAAAAAAGAUCCAAAUAUCUCAAAUUCAGAGAUAAUUAAAAAAAUCUAUGAAAAUAAUGAUAAAUUUAAUUAGCGUACAGCAUUCUCCAAAGAGAAAUACUUGCAAAGAAAAAAAGAAAAAUAUUUCUUUUACUUCACUGUCCUGAAAACAACACCUUUAAAUGUAGUAGAAACCCUUUAUCAAGAAAAUCCAAAGCUUGUUAACUAUAUGAGAGGUGAUGCUUUUAGCAUGUUUAUGCACUAUGCAAACAUUAGAGAAGGUUCUAAUAUUGCCCUUUUUGAUAAUACUAAAGGUGCUAUAUUAGGUGGUGCUGUUAUUAGAUUGAAUGGAAAAGGAAAAAUUCAUUACAUGAAAGAAAAAAUGCCUUUCAAUCAAAUCACUUGCUAUUCAUAAAUGAAUGUUCCUUAACAUUUAAAUUCUUCAGUUGAAUUUAGAAAUCCAAACUAAGUUGCAGAAGCCAAGACCGAUAAAUUUACUCACCUUUUAAUUGUUGGAGAUUUCGAUGUUACCGAAAUCGUCGAAAAGUUUAUGCAUUUACUUGUUCCUAACGGAGUUCUUUUAGCUUACUCCAAUUAUCUAGAAUGCUUGCAAAAUUCUUUUGACUUAAUGCAGUAAGAAAGAGACUUUGUUAACAUAAAAAUAUUUGAUAUAUUCUAUAGAGAGCAUUAAGUUUUAAAAAAUAGAACUCAUCCCAUAACAAUGAUGAGUCCUUAUAGCGGUUAUAUUCUUACUGGUUACAAAAUUAUUUGA